AUGACCCCAGUGGACACAGUUUGCCCAAUAGUUUGGAAGUUCUUUUUACAGGGUUGUAACUUUGAGCUUGCACCUUCUCUUCCUUUACAAGAAGAUUUCGUUUAUCACUGGAAGGCAAUUACCCAUUACUACAUAGAGACUUCAGAUGAUAAAGCUCCAGUGACUGAUACGAACAUCCCAUCCCAUCUGGAACAGAUGUUGGAUAUACUGGUUCAAGAAGAAAAUGAACGAGAAUCUGGAGAGACAGGCCCGUGUAUGGAAUAUUUGUUGCAUCACAAGAUCUUGGAGACAUUAUAUACAUUAGGGAAAGCUGAUUGUCCUCCAGGAAUGAAACAGCAGGUCUUGGUGUUCUAUACAAAACUUCUGGGAAGAAUCCGGCAGCCCCUGCUCCCACACAUCAACGUACACAGGCCAGUGCAGAAAUUAAUUCGAUUAUGUGGGGAAGUGCUCGCAACACCAACGGAAAAUGAAGAGAUUCAGUUUCUCUGUAUCGUGUGUGCAAAGCUGAAACAGGAUCCCUACCUGGUGAACUUUUUUCUGGAGAACAAGAUGAAAUCAUUGGCUUCCAAAGGAACAGCCAGUGUAAUUUCUGACAGCACAUUUAAAGGGCAGGAUUCCUCAUCAGCCGAUCCCGGAGGCCCCAGUCAGCCAGAGGCUCUGUGUGCUGCUGCUGGAGUGGAGCACCUGGAGCCAGAGGAGGAGCCCCCGCAUCAGGUGGAUGACCUUUCUACAAGCUUGGAUGACCUCAGCGUCACCUCACUGCCAGAGGCCUCAGUUGUGCGGCCCAACCAGGAUUACAACUUAGUGAAUUCGUUGUUGAAUCUCACCAGAAGUCCUGAUGGCCGAAUAGCUGUGAAAGCUUGCGAGGGUCUGAUGUUAUUAGUAAGUCUGCCCGAGCCUGCAGCUGCCAAGUGCCUUACCCAGAGCACUUGCCUGUGCAGACUGCUGACAGACAGACUCGCCUCUCUGUACAAGGCCCUACCUCGGUCACUGGAUCCAUUAGAUAUUGAAUCUGUAGAAGCAAUUAACUGGGGCUUGGACUCAUACAGUCAUAAAGAAGAUGCUUCAGCAUUCCCAGGAAAACGAGCCUUAAUUUCCUUUUUUUCUUGGUUUGAUUAUUGUGAUCAGCUCAUUAAAGAAGCACAAAAGACUGCUGCUGUUGCUCUUGCCAAAGCUGUCCAUGAGAGAUUUUUCAUUGGUGUCAUGGAACCUCAGUUAAUGCAAGCUUCUGAGAUAGGGAUUCUGACAUCAACUGCCGUGCUCCAUCGCAUCGUUAGACAAGUGACCUCGGAUGUCUUGCUUCAAGAAAUGGUGGUUUUUAUCCUUGGAGAACAGAGGGAACCAGAAACCCUGGCAGAAAUUAGCAGACAUCCUCUAAGACAUAGGUUAAUUGAACAUUGUAAUCACAUAUCUGAUGAGAUAAGCAUAAUGACACUGAGAAUGUUUGAACAUCUUUUGCAAAAACCCAAUGAGCACAUUCUUUACAAUUUGGUCCUAAGAAAUCUUGAAGAAAGAAAUUAUACAGAAUACAAACCUUUGUGUCCAGAAGACAAAGAUGUAGUAGAGAAUGGAUUAAUAGCUGGAGCAGUAGAUCUGGAAGAAGAUCCAUUAUUUACUGACAUUUCACCAGAUAACACUUUGUCAAACCAAGAGUGGCUGAGUUCUUCACCUUCUACUAGUCCAGAUCACCCCAGAAAUGAUGGGAAGACUGAAGUCCAUAAAAUUGUAAAUAGUUUUCUGUGUCUGGUACCAGAUGAAGCAAAAUCAUCAUACCAUGUUGAGGGCACUGGAUAUGACACCUACCUCCGAGAUGCUCAUAGGCAGUUCCGGGAUUACUGUGCUAUCUGCUUAAGAUGGGAGUGGCCUGGAUCUCCAAAAGCACUGGAAAAGUGUAAUUUAGAAGCUGCUUUCUUUGAAGGUCAUUUUUUGAAAGUCUUAUUUGACAGAAUGGGAAGAAUUCUCGAUCAGCCCUAUGAUGUGAAUUUACAGGUGACGUCUGUGUUGUCCAGACUCUCCCUCUUCCCUCAUCCACACACACACGAAUACCUGCUGGAUCCCUAUGUGAACCUUGCCUCUGGCUGUCGAUCCCUGUUUUCUGUAAUCGUCAGGGUUGUUGGAGACCUCAUGGUUCGAAUUCAACGUAUUCAAGACUUCACUCCCAAGCUUCUACUAGUCAGAAAGCGAUUGCUGGGUUUGGAGCCUGAAGGCCCCAUUAUCGACCACAUCACAUUGCUAGAGGGUGUGAUUGUGUUAGAAGAGUUCUGCAAGGAGCUGGCAGCCAUUGCGUUUGUGAAAUACCACGCCUCCUCCACACCAUGAAUACCAUCUCUCAGGUCUCUGGAACUGUGCCAUUGUGGACAUUUCAUCAGAAAAGACUUAUCCCUCCCCACAGGAGAGGACAAACCGCCUUUUAAAUGAAGUAUUGCUGUAAACUGGACGGAACCGUUAAGAACCAGCUGAGUAGCCACUCAGCAGAAUGUGCUACAUGUUGUUUUCAUUGGCUUUAUCUAUGGUUCCCAAACAGAAUUGCAUGCUGGCAAAGCCAGGAUACAAUCAAAGGAACUUCAGGAAAUAAGCAUUUCUAAUGACUGAAAAGCUACAAAUUUUCUGAUGUCAUGACUUUGAGGAUAUUUGUGUUACUUUAAUAUCCUUUGGGUAGCAAAGCAUUUUGGCUUUCUCUGGGACUCAAAUGCUUAUAUUCUUUUGGAUUAAUAAGUAGCAAAAAAAAUCACUAAUUUUAUAACUUUUUAAGGUUAAGGUUCUUAUCAAACAAAAUAUUUAAAAAACUGUAAAUGAGAAAGAAGUUAUUCAGGAACCAUCAAGUGAAUUAUUAAUGUUAAUAUUGAUUAUAGGAGAUAAAAAUGUGUAGCGCAGCAUAACUUUAUUCAGUUUUUCUAAGAAUAACAAUUUAAUAUGAUAAAUUCUUGAUUAAUAUACUAUCUAUAUUUUUAAAGAAGCAUUCUUUUAUCUUUUGUGCAUACGGCCAUGUUAGUGAUUGGUUUUCACGUAUGGGUUCCUGUUUAUUUAAACUGUCACUUUUGCAACAGCAUUCAAUAUUGGUUCAUGAUUGGUGAUGUUUGCUAAAAUAGUAUUUUUUUACGCUAAUUAACAUGUUCUAAGUUGAGACUCUUUUUCGUCCUCCUCUCUCCCUCUCCGAAAAUUGCUUUAUGAAAUUGCUUUAUAAUUGAUUUUCUUAUUGAAGCGCAAGGUGAUGCCUAGGUGGACGACUGGCUGGUAACACUUAGGUAGCAAUCAGCAUGCCAAUGGCCUCCUAAUGUUUACAUUUUUUUCAUUGUGUUCAGUCUUUUGUCGUAAAAAAAAAUUCUAAAGACAUUAAAGAAAACAGCCUUCUAAAUGUUUUGUUUACAUGUGACAGGGUGUGGGGAAGGCGUCAUGUGACUAGGCAGGUGGGCAGGACCAUCUAAGUUAGCAAGCUGUCCUGUGUCCAGCCUGCUCUGUGUGAUUGACAGCUUGUGUUUCCCGUUUGUUCUGUCAUUGAUGUUUAUCAUUCAAAUGUUGCUUAUAAGCUCUUUUUUAUUUUAAAUUGAAAUAUUAAGCAGCAGCACUUUCCGCUUUACCUUCCCACUUUCUGAUCUUUGGAGGAGACACUGUGAGAAGCGUUUUUGCAGUGUGGUCACCGCACCUGUCCUGUGCAAAGAAUCCCCACAGGCAUUUGCCUGCUUGUUGUAUUCAUGUUUCUGAUUUAAUUUAUACUUAGUUUUGGCUAUUUAUUGAGAAUUGGUAUCUAUGUGUGUGCCAGUACUGGGGCUUGAA